AAAUAAAUCCGUCUCCUCUCCUCUCCCCAAUCGGAUCACACGAUUAGGGUUUCAAGCUUCUCCCUUCCUCAUCCUCCUCCUCUCCCCACGCGGCCGCCAUUGACGCGGCUCCCCCAGAUCUGACCAAAAACCACCCCCAAAGCGCCGAAUCUGGUCAGAAACGGCGAAGAAUUCGGACACAAAUCUGUAGUAGCAUCAUCGUCACUAAGACCACACACGCAUCUAUCUAUCCUUCCCCUACCUGUUUCUGCUAGUAUUUUUUUUCUGUUUCGGACGCUUCAUCAUAUCAUAAGAACAGCAGAUCCGCAACCGGAUCUGCAGAUCGAACCAGGCCCUCUGAUUUUGGGCACGCCGAACGAACUCUUGACCUACGGAUCCGCGGGUUCGUUCGAGAUCCUGUGUUUGUUUGCUUUGUUGGUUUCGAGAAUGAUGAUCAAGUCGAUGGUUUAUUACGGGAACACCUCCAUCGGAGAGGUGGAGGUGUGGCCCAAGGGCGACACGAACUUGGGCGUGGCGGCCUGGGCGCGAGAGAUCCGCGUUGACCGCCUUUCCCCGCCCAGCGACCGCUGCCUGCCGCUCGCAGUCAUGCACACCGUCGCGCUUGGGGCGCGAUGCCUCGUCAUGGAGUCCAGGCCGCCCAAGGCCGCCGACGAGCCACCGCCGCCGCUCGUCGCCAUGCACGCUGCUUGCCUCAGGGACAACAAGACUGCAGUUGUUCCGCUGGGUGAGGAAGAAUUGCAUUUAGUGGCAAUGACAUCAAGAAGAAAUUUGACGAAUCAUGCAUGUUUCUGGGGCUAUAAAGUGCCAUUUGGUUUGUACAAUUCUUGCUUGACCAUGUUGAAUCUCCGGUGCCUCGGUAUUGUGUUUGAUCUUGAUGAGACAUUGAUUGUUGCCAAUACCACACGGUCGUUUGAGGACAGAAUUGAUUCACUUCAAAGGAAGCUGAGUAAUGAGACUGAUCCACAGCGCAUAAAUGGUAUGUUAGCAGAGAUCAAGAGGUACCAAGAUGAUAAGUCUAUCCUAAAGCAGUAUAUAGAAGGUGAUCAAGUCUAUGAUGAUGGAAAAAUGUAUAAAGUGCAACCUGAGAUAGUUCCACCUUUGUCUGAUAACCAUCAAUCAUUGACACGUCCAGUUAUAAGAUUACAAGAGAAAAAUAUUAUCUUGACAAGAAUAAAUCCUGUGAUAAGAGAUACCAGUGUUCUUGUUCGGUUAAGGCCAGCAUGGGAGGAUCUCCGAAGCUACUUGAUUGCAAGAGGUCGCAAGCGUUUUGAGGUCUAUGUAUGUACAAUGGCUGAGAGAGAUUACGCUUUAGAAAUGUGGAGAUUGCUUGAUCCGGACUCAAAAUUGAUUAACUCUGUUCAACUUAGUGACAGAAUGGUGUGUGUAAAAUCUGGCUCAAAAAAGUCCUUGCUAAAUGUUUUCCACGAUGGAUCUUGCCAUCCUGGAAUGGCACUAGUAAUCGAUGACCGUCUGAAAGUUUGGGAUGAGAAAGACCAAUCUAGAGUUCACGUCGUUCCUGCUUUCACUCCAUAUUAUGCACCCCAAGCGGAGGCAAACUGUUCUAUCCCAGUUCUGUGUGUUGCCAGAAAUGUUGCGUGCAAUAUUAGGGGCGGCUUCUUCAAAGACUUUGAUGAAGGCCUCUUGCCAAGGAUUACUAGUGUUUCUUAUGAGGAUGAAAUACAUGAUAUCUCAUCAGCCCCAGAUGUGAGCAAUUAUUUGAUUUCAGAGGACGAGAAUGUGGCAGUAGUUAAUGGGAGCAGAGAUUCACUUACUUUUGAUGGUAUGGCUGAUGCUGAGGUUGAAAGGAGAAUGAAGGAAGCAUCUGGGACUGGCAGUGCUGUGAUUCCAACAGCAGCCAACUUUGUGAUGCCAGUAGCCCCUGGUCAACAUUUUGCUCCAUCUUCAGCAGCGCCAUUUGCACAACCACCUGGCAUGAUGCCUUUGAGUAACAAUCAGGUUCUGCCACCUCCAUUCAGCCAACCAGUUACUCAGCCAGGUCUCUUAGAUCCACUGCAAGGUUCUCCAGGCAGAGAAGAGGGCGAAGUUCCUGAGUCUGAGUUAGAUCCUGACACAAGGAGAAGGCUUCUCAUAUUACAACAUGGUCAAGACACAAGGGACACUACACCUCCUCUUCCAGCAGUACCUCCUGUGCAAGUUCCAGUUCCUCCUGUGCAACCUCAUGGAAAUUGGUUUCCGGCAGAAGAUGGCAUGAACCCAAAUAAUCUGAGCAGGGGUUCUGCAGGAUUCCCUUCAGAAUCUGAUACCAUGAACUAUGAUAAAAAGCAACCACCACAUCCAUCUUACUUCCAUGGUGGGGAUAAUAAUCCUAUAUCCUCUGAUAGAUAUAGUUAUCAGAACCAGAGGUUUCCCUCUCAGCAAACACACCCUGAGGAUCACCGCGUGCUCCAGAACCAUGCACCUCCACGAUACAGAUCCUUUCCUGGAGAGGGGCUAACAACGCAUGUUCCAUCAGGUCAGAGAAACAACCAGAUAGAACCGGGACAAAACUUUGCGCGAAAUGUAGGUACCUCCGUUGGUAUACUAGAGGAGAUCGCACUAAAGUCUGGAUCAAAGGCGGAGUACAGGUCAGCAUUACGUGAUACUGCAGAAUUACAGUUUUCCAUUGAGGUUUGGAUAGUUGGAGAAAAAGUAGGUGAAGGCAUUGGUAGUACAAGGAAAGAAGCACAGCGCCAAGCUGCAGAGAUAUCUUUAAGAAAUCUGGCCAAUAAGUACCUGUUUUCUGACCCAAAUAAGAUGAGUGAUAUGAACGAAGAUGGUUUUGGUAGCAAUCCAAACCUUUUUGGAUACUCUGAAAAUACUAGGAAUGAUAUAUUGCCAACUGCAAGUACUUCGGAGGAAUCCCGAUAUAUGAAAAUGGGAGAAAAUAAUUCUCGAAAAACAGGAGGUUCUGUUGCCGCUCUUAAGGAACUUUGCACGGUUGAGGGAUAUAAUUUAGUUUUUCAAGCUCGGCCAAGUCCUGAUGGUUCAGUAGGCAAGGAAACUUAUGCUCAGGUAGAAGUUGGCGGGCAAACUCUUGGCAAAGGAGUUGGACUAACAUGGGAAGAAGCUAAGCUUCAGGCCGCUGAUGAGGCUCUUGGAACUUUGAGAUCCAUGCUUGGUCAAUUUGCUCAUAAACGGUCUAGUUCUCCAAGAUCAUUGGCACCCAAUUUCAGUAAGCGCUUCAAGCCAGAUUUCCCAAGGCCAGCGCAAAGGCCUCCUUAUGGUAGAUAUUCCAGGAUAGAAGGUCGCGUUCCUUGAGCGUGCAGUCAGUGAAACAAAUGUGUGUUGACAUGGUAGAUGUUCCAGGAUCAAAGACCAUUUUCUUUGAGCAGAGUUUCGAGCACAGAAACGAUGUAUCUGGACACCAGGGCUCUGAGUUAGAGGAAACUAGUUCCGCAAAACAAAACUUGCCAUCUGGUGGACUCCCAAGGCUCUCCUCGCAAGCUACUGGCGACAAAUUGUUUUCUAAGCACCAGCAAAUUGUGAGCCAAUUUCAAGACUUUGCAGGUAGAUGCUUUGGUUACCAUCUCACCAACUCUGAUUGGUGUUUAAGCUUAAACCCUCUCAUCGUAAUGCAAGCCCAGUGGAAGAAGAGCACUGCUUGCUUAGAUUCAGGUGUAUGUUGUACAAGGUUGUAGGUAGCCAGUUUUGAUGAGCGGCAGUAGUAUUUAGGCGGUUAGUGGUGGGCAUGAUAUCAAAAGCAAGUGAGAUAUCUGCUAGGUAGCCAGUUUGUCUGUCUGUCUAGUCAUCUUUGUAUUUAUAGUGUUAUAUUUGUCUUUAACAAAAAUGUUCAUGGGUGGCAUGCAGUGCUCCAAGAAAACUCGAAUGAAAGUUGCUUACAUUUUGACAA